AUGUGGGAUCAGCUGCCGGAGCUGAUACUGACGCAGAUAUUCAGUCACCUCGGUCAUGGAGACCGUGCCAAUGUUGCACACGUCUGUCGGCCAUGGAACCGUGCACUUUCAUCGCCAGUUCUUUGGCGUUCCAUCACAGUCUUCAUCGACCGUGAUCUGCGUGGUGACUUCCCUUUAGCGGGAGAAUUAGCCGCACAAUAUGGACAGCAUAUGCGAAGUUUAGAACUCGCCUGGUCACGACCGUAUCUCUUGCCAAGAGAAGCUCGCAUAACUCGUAAUAUUCAAGCUGAGGCAGGCGCUGACUUUCUUACGAUUGUACGAGCCAAGAACGUCCAAUUGAAGAAACUGAUACUCACCGAUUGGAUCUUCAUUUGUAAAUGGGGAAAUAGAAGCAAACUGUUGUAUGCUCUUGCAAACUUUUUAGGCUGUCAGCACAAUUUGGAAACGCUAAGCCUGCUGAAUGCGACUCUAGGAGUGAGCGACGUGUUGCGACUUCUCGCAAGUGCUUCCAAAGGGUCGACCGAACACCUGGCAUAUUUAGAUCUUCGGGGUGCGUUUCGGGAAUGGCAGGCGCCCCAUAGCAAUCCAAGAUAUCUGCGUCUGUUGGGCCGAUUUCGUGCGUUGACGAUACUCAGGCUCGAUUAUCCAGCUCUAUCUGACCAAACUCUAAACGCAUUGACCAAUGCAGCACCAAGAGUGUUGAAGACAUUGCAUAUAUCAGUGAGAGAUUCGGAUUCCAGACAUCACACGAUCACUGACACAGCCUGGCACAAUUUAGUGCUUGUAUGCCCUGAGCUCACAGUGUCUUAUACUAUAGUUAACAUAUCCCAUUACGAAGAUAUGUGCUACUUCCUGCUGCCCAGUGUGCCAUUGGCUAGGUUUCAAAUGUUCAGCGGUCACGUGUGGGAUCAGAGUAGAUCUCGCAAUUUCAGAAGCACCGUCGGGCUGCUUAUUACCCAUUAUACCAACACGCUCGCCGAAGUAAUGUUACAACUCAGAAACAAUCGUGAAAUGCUCGACGAUUUGCUGGUCUCCAUGCUGAUGCGUUGUAAACAUCUAACGAGAUUACAGUACGACGGUAUAAUAAGAAGUCUUGAUACCCUGCGGGACAUCUGUCAGCUUCAAGCUGAAAGCAAGACGCUUUUUCGUACGAUCCACGUGAAGCCACGUAAUGUUAAUGCCCGAAAUCGUGCCAUAUUGAACGACAUAAACUACCAUUACGAUCACAAAAUGAUGGAACAAGGAGUAGAUUUUCGUAUCGAAGAUCCAGCCUCAGUUUUGGUAUUCUAUUAAAAUGUUAAUUUCCCACCUGUCCACCGGUAUCUGUCCCACUCAUGUCUCUGAUUAUU